AUGGCACCGGGAUGGCACCGAGAUGACACCGAGGUGACACCGGGGUGGUCCCGAUGUCCCCCCCGAGCAGCAGCAGCAGCACCAUCGGCCCCGCUCCACCUUAACCGGAGCGGCCGCUCCGCUCUGCCCGGGCGGCUCCGGCGGAGCUCGGGGGCGUUUAUCUCACCCAGGAUCAGCCAAUAUUUGUGGCCACGUCAAGAGAACGAGCCCGGUGCUCCCGGCUCAGCCCAGUUCUACCCCCCUGCUCCUCUCCUGCUCCCGUUCUGCCUCUCGGACGCUGCCGGGAGUCCCUCCCGUUGUCACCUCCCGCCACCGGGGAUGUCGCUGACCGUGGUUCUCCUUCUCCUGAGCCUCCCGCGGGUGGCAGCUGCCAAGGGCGGGUGGUGCCCGGCUUGCGGGGUGGCCUCGCUGGCCCCCGGGGCUCAGCGGGACGCGCUCCUGGCUCUGGCCAAGCAGAGCAUCCUGGCCAAGCUCCGGUUACCGGGCAGACCCAGCGUGCCGCGGCCGCCGUCCCGGGGCUCGCUGCUGACCGCGCUCCGUGCGAUGCUGCGGGACGGGGCUGCAACCCCCGCCGCCACCCCCGGGAUGCUCCGGGAUGGAUCCGCCACCCCCGGGAUGCUCCGGGACGGCCGCGGGACGGGGCUGCAGGAGUACGAGCUGCUGAGCUUUGCUGAGCCAGGAUCCUCCACUUCCCACAAGGUCCAGUUCCAUUUCCGCUUCUCCCAGGAGGUGGCCAGGAGCACUGAGGUCCAGCAGGCCACCCUGUACCUGUUCUGGACAUCCCUUGGGACCCAUCCUGUCACCAUCAGGCUCCUCCAGCCAGACCCAGCAGGACCAAACCUGACGGUGACCAGCGAGACCCGGCUGGAGGUGCAGGGACCCGGCUGGACCACGCUGGACGUGGGAGCAGCCGUGCAGAACCUCUUCACCCAGGACACCCCACGGCUCACAGUGCACCUGGAGCUGCCAGAGGGUUGGGAAUCCCCUCUCCCAUCCCACCACGGCGAUUCCCACCGGCCAUUCGUGGUGGCCAAAGCUCGUUCCAGGACUCCCCACCGCGUCCGGCGGCGCGGCGUGAAUUGCGGCGCCGACUCGCGGAUGUGCUGCCGCCGGGAAUUCUUCGUGGAUUUCAAGGAGAUCGGUUGGGAGGAUUGGAUCAUCCAGCCCGAGGGGUACCACAUGAAUUACUGCUCGGGGCUGUGCCCGCUGCACAUGGCCGGCAUCCCCGGCCUGGCCGCCUCCUUCCACACCGCCGUCCUCAACCGCAUCAAGGCGGCAAGCGCGGCGGCGGCCGUGGAUUCCUGCUGCGUGCCCACCCAGCGCCGGCCCCUCUCGCUGCUCUACUACGAUCGCGACAGCAACAUCGUCAAGACCGACAUCCCCGACAUGAUCGUGGACUCCUGCGGCUGCACCUGA